AUGUUUGCAAGUGGUUUGUUGCCUGGUGCAGCACAUAGAGAGUUUCUUCGUCAACUUAGAAGCGAAUGCAUAGAUGAGUUGGAGUAUCAUCAGAGACUUGCGGAUCGCUCGGAAGCUCCUCGGAGGAAGGACUUCAACGAUAUUUAUUCCGCGUUUAAGAAGGAACGGUUUGGGACAGGAAGCAUGUCUGAAAUGUUUUCAGCUCUUGAAGAAAGCAUUGAAUGUCUUCGGCAGAAAGAUGAAGAGUACACAAUAAAAUACCAGAAAUUUUAUGAAGAAAUAGAUCAACCAUUUAUUCUGGCUAUUGUAACCCCACUGAUGAAACGAGUUCACAAGCUGGUAAGUACAUGCAUGACAACUGCUGUCCUUGUUACUCUUCAAGUCUUGGCCUGGCCUUAACCUGCUUUUUGCUUCCAGUGAUUGGCUGACAAAUUAAUCAACCAAACAGCUUAAGCAAAGUAGACCAAGACCAAUAUAGGUCUUGAAGUGUAAAAUAUCCUUCAGGGACUGCAGAGUGCUUUAAAUUGGGGGGGGGAGAGAAAAAAUCCUAAGGAGUAUAUUUGAUUCAUGAUUUUUGUUUCAUGCAGUGAAAAAUUCAUAAGGCUAAUGCCGUGCCGCCCUCAGCUCUUUGGUAUCUGUCCUUGAUGAUUAAAAUUGACCAACAUUUUACAGAGUACAAUCAGUCAUUCCAGCAAAGAUCAAAGAUCCAUACUCCCCCACACAGGAAAUUUCUGCCGUCCGGAGGGGAGGGGAGGGGAGAAAAAAUUGUUUCUGAUAAUAGUAAAUGUGUUAGGACAUCCAAAGGAGGUAGGGGGUUAACUUCCUAUUUCCUCCGUGGGGGUGGUAUGGAUGUUUUCUGGAAUGACCCAAUAACAAAAAUCAGGGUGUACAAAAUAUCGAUUGUUUGGCUUUCCUAGAUUCAUCCUCCAAUAUGGAAGAAUACAACCUCCGCGUAUUUGUGAUGGGUACGCAUAGUGUUUGUGGUGCUCUGCCCCUAGGUAUCUAUAUUUAUUUUUAGUCUAUGAGAUCGAAGGAGCAGACACUUAAAGAUGCAUUGGAGUUGUUGAAAUCUUGCUUCAGUGAUUUAGCAUUUUACGGUGCGGAUGGGCCAAGAGUUUUCAUGACAAACAAUUGUAGUGAAUUGCGAGAAGUCUUGAAAGAAGCCUGGCCUAAUUCAGUGUUAUUGUUGUGCAUCUUCCAUGUUCUUCAACAAGUUUGGCGAUGGUUGCAUGAGAAAAAGAAUGGGAUCACAAUAGAAGAUAGACCUACAUUGUUAUUAUCAUUUAAACAAAUACUCUAUGCUGAAAGCGAGGAUGACCUCCACAACUCUUUUGAUGAUCUCAUAUCAAGUGAUGUAGCAUCCAAAUAUGCCAAGUAGGUAACAGAUGUCUUUGAGGAUCGCGAAGCUUGGGCACUUUGCUACAGAGAUGACUUACCAAUGAGAGGCAACAACACUAGCAAUCUAUGUGAAGCUCAAUUUCUGGUCAUUAAAGAUAAGGUUCUUAAUAGGCAGAAGGAGGUUAAUGUUGUUCGUCUUGUCGACAAGUUUACAUCGGACCUUGACCAACAUUACAGCGACAAGGUGCUGUCAGUGUCAUCAGGUAAUUACAUAUCGUCAGAUUGACAGUAAUUUUACAAUGCACCCUUUUGUUUGCUUGCAAAUAUAAAUAAUCUACCUCUUUCAAGUUAUAUUUUUGAAACCAUAUAUGCUAUUUUCCUGAAGUAUUAGUCGGAUUAAAUUAACCAAUUUAGCCCCCAGUCCAAAACCACUGGGGAAAGUAACUUAUAAGCCAGUCUACUAAUUGCGAUCUAUAGUAAAUUCCUAUCACUUCGUGAUUUCAUAUCUUGAAUGAAGACAUUUUCAAAUAAUUUUGUGGUUGCAGGCACCAAAAAAGUUCAUGAACCCUGCUGUAGAUCUAACUCCAGAUUUUACCUGUCAAGAUAGAUAGAUAGACAGAUUGACAAGAGUCAUGUCUUCCAACUUAAUGGUUUAUUUUCCCAUUGUCUAGGCAAAUAUGAUGCAGCAGGAGAUUCCAAGGUCGAGGUAAAGAGAAGAAAAAUGCUGAUGGAAUUGGAUUCCAAAUCCCAAAUGAUGAAGAGCAGAAGUUAGCAGUGGAGAAAACCAUUAAAGUUGGUGACAAGAUAUUCCUUGUACCAAGUAUUACCACAGAGGGAAUACAGUACCUCGUCGAUAUGAACACUGGUAUCUGCCAGUGCAAGAGUGGUAUGAAUGGUUCGCCUUGCAAACAUCAGUACAUUCUUUGGGCACACAAGUUGGCAGAUGCAGUCAAUUUUCUCCCUGUUUUCAGUAAAGAACAGAGACAAUUAUAUGCGCAGAUUGCUAUUGGAAUGUCAUUACCAUCGCAAUACUACGAAGGUUGCAUGAUCAAGUUUUGACCCUGAUCCAGUUGUGCUGUCUUCAGAUGUUUGUCAUUGUACAGACAAGAGGGAUAUUACAGGGACAAGUAAGUGUCUCCUACAAGCAUGAUCUGGAGGUUGACUGGUUAUAAAAGGCAAUACUUACCCCUUUAUGACUAACAUCUUCUGGCUCUAGGCAGUGUAAAAUAACAAGAUAGGACACAUUAGGAUACAAUGCCAUAUUAUUUAAGGGCCCAAGCAGCAUUGAAUCCUUUGUUAUUUUACUCUGUCUAACGACAGAGAUGUCUUGACAUGAUAUUACCGGUAUAUCAGUAUUUUUUAGUUCUAUUGUACUGUAGGGGAGGAUAAGUGGCAUCCUAAAACAUAAUAUUUAGCUUGGUUCUCACUUCUAGUAACUGACGGCACUUGCUGACAAAUGUUAACUUUAAUAUAUUCAAAACUUCGAAGUUAUCAUUGGCAUUGACAAGGCUAAAAUGUUUUUCAUCACUUGAAUAUAUUAUUUAUACUAAUUAACAUUAGUCAGAAACUGGCAUCGGUGAUAAAUUGGGACAAGUGGGAACUAAUAGGCAGAAUUUGAACUUAAAUAUUGAUAUCAGGUGACAAAUUUAUAAUGCUAAGUGCCAUUUUAUUUUGUAGCUCUACCAAGAAGAGACAUCCUUCGGGACAUGAUUUCAGUAGAAGAAUGCUCUGCAGCUUUGACCAAAACCUUGGAUAUCUUAAAGGAGAAGUUGCAUGGAGCUGAUCAAAACUUUUUGAAAGGUGUCUUGAAAUUCACAGACAGAGUGAAAAACAUGCCCAGGUCUAAGCUGACAACCCGUUUUCAUUCUUUUGGUGUAAGAGGUGUGUAUAACACCCAUCUCACAGCAACAUCUGUUGUGAAAAAACGAAAACGUGGUAAGAUCCAUGUGCAACCUGAAGCAGUCAAGCGUCGAAAGAAUGUAACUGGAUCAAAAAGACGACAAAACAAAGGUCAACUGGUGAGAAACAAUCCAUUUGAAAAGCAAGCUGGCCGUGCCAAACGUGCACACUACUUUACAGAGAAUGUACGGCAAAAUGAGCCAGUGGCAAAAAAGGCUGGAAGAAAUAUGGCCACCAAAACAAGGGUAUAUGAACAUUGA